AUGGCGCGGAAAUCUUCGACAUGGAUUACACCGUUCAAAAAGCAGUGUUUCGUGACCAUAGGAGUAUGUCUGAACAUGGCCGCCCACGGACUGGUCAUGGGGUUCAACGCCAUCCUGCUGCCACAGCUCAGGAAGCCAGACUCCAUCAUACCUAUAGAUGACUCCUCAGGAUCUUGGAUAGCAUCAAUCAUCGGCUUCGCCCUGGUAGCUGGUAACUUCAUCGUGCCACCAAUCAUGGCCAACUAUGGCCGCCGCACCGCCAACCUCUUCAGCGUGGCACCUCUCAUCAUUGGCUGGUUCUCCAUCAUCAUGGCCAAGAGCAUUCCUGUUCUUCUAGUCGCCAGAUUCCUUCAAGGCACCUCCAUGGGCAUGAGCGCUUCUCUAGGCCCUGUCCUGAUCGGAGAGUACACUAGUCCACACAACAGAGGAGCUUUUCUGACGAUGAUCUCCCUCUGCAUAGCAACGGGAGUGCUGACUGUACAUACCAUGGGUUCCUACCUACACUGGCAGACAACUGCCCUAGUGUGCGCAUGUAUCGCGUUUGUUGAUCUCAUAAUUAUCCUUUACUCCCCCGAAUCACCAAGCUGGCUCGCAGACCAAGGAAGAUACGAUGAAUGCAAGAAAGUCUUCCGCUGGCUAAGAAAUGAAGAUGAAGAAGAAGAAUUACAGAAGAUGAUCGAAGCCAGUAUUGUAGUUAGAGAGUCGAAAGCAGAUGCCAACAUAUCGCAGUCUUUGGGCAAGAAAAUCAAAAGUGGUGUGGUCUACUUCAACGCGACGAUCAAGAAGAAAGAAUUCUACAAACCCAUAUUUAUUAUGAUGCAUAUUUAUACUUUAGGUCAAUGGGCGGGUGCUAAUAUACUAGCUGCGUAUACUAUAGAUAUUUUCAACCACGUUAUAGGCACUGAUGUGAACAUUGCUCUCUUAGUCAUCACUCUGGAUGCUCAGAGAAUAUUCUCGAAUGCCAUAGCAGUAUUAGUUAUAAAGAAGAUUAAUAGGCGGACGAUGUUGUUUGGUACUGUCAUUAUUAACUUGAUUGCUUUCUUGUUGACUGCAGCAUACACUUAUUUUAAAGGCCAGGGGAUGUUACCUGAAUACCUUGAUAAUCCUAUGGUUGGUGUAGCGUUGGUCCACCUUCACAUGUUCACUAUCGCUACAGGAACAGUUCCAUUGCCUUUCAUUAUAGCUGGUGAGGUGUUCCCUCUGGAGUAUAGAAGCUUGGCAGGUGGUAUCAGUGUAUUGUUCCUUUCCACAAAUCUCUUCAUUACUGUCAAGACAGUUCCUUUCUUCUUCGGUACGUUAGGCAUCCAUGGAGCUUACUGCAUCUACGCAGCAGUUGUAGGAUACUGUCUUGUGAUAGCAUACUUCUUCCUACCUGAAACCAAAGACAGGACUCUGCAGGAUAUUGAAGACGAGUUCAGAGGUAGACCUUUGUCUCCUGAGGAGUUGAAAUCCACUCAAUCUUUGACAUCGUGGCAGUUACAUAAGCAGGACAGGAGGUGUAGUAGUCCUGUGUCCCUCAUAAUCACAAUGAACUCAGUCGCACGCAAUGCCACGAGGAUGUUCGCUCUCCUGGUGCUGAUGAUGUGCUGGUUCAGCGCCAUGGCCUUCAGGAACAGCAGCCGUAUUCCCAGCAGGAGACCUAAGUUUGUCGAGACCGUUGACUUCGAUUAA